AUGGCACCCCAGGCUCUGCUGCCCAUUCUGCUCCUGUGUGUGCUGCUGCUGCAGGCCCAGGGAGGGCCCCGCAACCACCACUGGAAGACCCACCCUAAACCACAGAGACUCGCAGAAAUCAAGGUCUGUGACAAGCAGCCGAGCAUACAUCAGUGCAGUCGCCACUGUUCUUAUUUCCAAGAGUGUCAAGCCAAUAACAUAUGCUGCUCAACCUUCUGCGGGAAUGUCUGCAUGAGCCUCUCAUGA